GAACAAAAGGGGAAAAGUGGAACAUAUUAUAAGUAAAUAUGGAAUGUGGGAAUGCGCAAGCCUUCUGGAAUAUCUGAUCAUGGAGAAUAUGGCAGACAGGAAAAAAGUGAGAAAAGUGGAACAUGCUUUCAGUGAAUAUGGAGAGGUGGAUCACACAGAACUUUGGAACAGCUACAGACGGAAAUUGAAUGUGACGAGAGUGAGGAUGAAUUAACUACGGUGGCAGGUGUGGUAAAGACCACAACGUUUGAGCCUCGUCCUGGUGAUGACAAAGAUGAUUCUGACCCAGUGGGAGUGAGAAUGGAUCCUUGCCUUCUGGCAGAUCCAUAUGUGGUGUCAUGUUGGGUGGAGAAGAGGUUGGGAAAUGUUGGGUCGGUGAAAGUGAAACUAAGUGGAAUCUUGAUGAUUUUUUGCGUUUCUGCCAACCAGAAGGAGCGUGCGCACCGCACCAUGCAACUGGGAACAAGAACUAUGACUUGCUUUCCUCUCUAGAGCAGGGUUCCAUUGAAAGGAGUGAUAACUGGAGUUGCAUUAAGUGUUGAGGAGGCUCAACUGAAGUUGAAGAUUCCCAAGGGUGUUGGUGAUGUCAGUGGACAGUACGAUCACUUGAGGAUAAAGUUAGCGUUUCCCUUUUCUCCUCCUGUCCUGGCGUCCACGGUUGCUCCGACCCUGGCAGCCAUGGCCGACUCUACAGUGGUCAGCGACCAGCAGCCGCCCAGGUCCGGUCAGACUACUCCUUCCAGUGGACCGUACAUCGCGGGGAUCACAAACAGAAACACCAAUUUGGGGAUCCGCGGGUUCAUGCUGUUCUCUAUAGGAGUGUUCUUGGCUUUGGUGCUCAAUCUGCUGCAGGUACAGAGGAACGUCACUCUGUUCCCCCCUGAUGUCAUCAGUAGCAUCUUCUCAUCAGCCUGGUGGGUGCCGCCCUGCUGUGGAACCGCCUCGGCAAUGAUCGGUCUGUUGUAUCCAUGCAUUGACAGUAGGCUCGGCGAGCCCCACAAGUUCAAGCGGGAGUGGUCCAGUGUGAUGCGCUGUGUGGCCGUGUUCGUUGGCAUCAACCAUGCCAGCGCUAAAGUGGACUUUGCCAACAACGUGCAGCUGUCCCUGACGCUGGCGGCCCUGUCCAUUGGCCUGUGGUGGACAUUUGACCGGUCUCGCUCCGGCUUUGGCCUGGGGGUGGUCAUCGCCCUGCUGGCCACUCUGUCCACUCAGCUCCUGGUCUACAACGGAGUCUUUCAGUAUACCUCUCCAGAUUUCCUGUACAUUCGCUCCUGGUUGCCUUGCAUCUUCUUCGCUGGUGUGAUAACCAUGGGGAACAUAGGACGGCAGCUAGCCCUGUAUGAAUGCAAACGUAUGUCAGGAAAGACUCAUCAAGACUAAAAGAACUUCUGGCUAUAUCAAACUGUUGCACAGAAUAUUUUUAAAAAUUGCAACAAAAAGCCAAAAGGAGGAUGUAAAAGGACAUCUGUAUGCAGCGUUGAUGGGGAUUGGUUAAUCAUGGCGGAGGCGGAGCAGUCAUGCACAAUUAUGUGCUUCUGUUUUGCUGAGUGCUGUUGGACAAGACUGUUUCGAUUGGUUGAUUCCUUUGUGCCUCUUUAGGGCCGAGGUGGACGGACAACAGAUAGCUUUAUUAUAAGCAUUCAAUGGCUGGCCUAAUGAGAGGAAUAACAAGAAUUGUCGAUGUCGUGUGUGUGUGUGUGUGUGUGGUAGGUAGGCUCAAUCUACAACGCAAUCUGUGAUUGCAACUCAACAGGCACCAAUAUUAGUGUCACUCUGCUGCUGUUCAGGGCACCUCCGCACCAGUGGUGUGAAACCUUUGGCUCCAUCGUGCCAAACAGACUUACACACAGGAUUAUCUGAAUUAUUUUCUUUAUUCAUCCAUUCCUUAUAUCCUUGAUACAUUAGUAGAAUCUAUAUACAUUUAUUUCAUGCUUUUAAAAUGUACAAUUAUAUACAUAUAGUUGUUUUUUAAAAUUUGUUACAUGUGGAUAAUGUCUUUGCUGGCAGUCAAGAGAAGGGGUGAAGUGUUUAUUGCUGCACUUAUUUGUGACAUCCUUGCGGGAUAUCAAGGCAACUGGCAUACAGGGUCCAGUUGGUAUUUCAAACAACCUUACCUACACCUGCUUUUCUACUUCUGCCCAUUUUGGGUCCAUUCAAUGUUCAAUUGAAAUUAAAAUGACUGUUUUGUAAAAAAUAAUAAUAAUAAAAUGCUCAUAGAAGUUUAUGGGCAGAUUUCACUUCCUGAAUUGAAAACCGAAUUGACCUAAACCCCGAUCAGUUCAAGUCAGAGACCAGGCUAACUAUUUCAUUGUCCAUCCAGCAGGUGCACACAAGAAUCCACAUCAGCAGUGGUUCUUGGGUCAGAGGUACUGCUGAUAAGCUAUUAGUGCUUAUUGAGUUCGGUUUGAUUAUAAAAAUAUAAACCAUCAAAGUUUUGGGUUUGGAUUAUUUUUCAACGUUAAAUGUGUUGUGGGCUGAAUGCUGUAAAACAGAAUAAAAUAAUGUCCCUUGA